UUUUAUUGAAUAUUUGUAUUUGUGCUUACAUUAAACCGCAAAAGGGCACACGUUUGGGUCAAUUAAAUGCGAUUUUGUCGCAUAUCUCUUAGAUGUAACAUCUUUUCUCUAUACUUGUUGCAUUUCGCAAGUAACACGUUCAUAAAACACAAGAUCUACCCAUUGGUAAUGUUUCCAGUUCGGUCACAUGAACAGAGAUAAAUAAGAAAUGUAAUUUUUCCUCACAAAUAUCACUAUUUGAAGAGUUAUGGAGUGUGUAUAUUUAAAACUGUACCUGUAUCUGUCAGCACUGGUGGCUGUCACAUCAGGAGGGAAGAUGAAGAUAGUGGAGGAGCCUAAUACAUUUGGGCUAAAUAAUCAGCUUGUGCCUCAGAAUAAUCGACUGCAGGCGAAGAUCAGCCCGUCUCCAGUGUCUGGACCUCCACAUCUGCACAGACUGGCAGGAAAGUGCUACAACUACAUUGAAGCCAUAUACAAAUACGUAUUUUGUCCAUUUCAUAAUGUGACUCAGCAUGAACAGAGCUUCAGAUGGAAUGCAUACAGCGUAUCUGGCAGGAAUGGGAGAUUCAGAAUAACACGUUUACUGGCAUGUGGAUGCGAGAAGGAGAUUCAUGCGGCAACAAGAAUUGCAUAA